AUGGUCGAACACAUCGAGAAGGUGAUACGCCAAUUAGAAGCACUAGGAGAGAACAUGGAACAUUCAAGUAUUGAACACUGGAUAGAAGACAAGCUGCCAGAGUGGAUCUUGGAUAAGGUGUUUGAACAAAAGGAAUUGGAUGUAACAUGGUCAGUCUCUAAACUAAGAAAUUUCCUGUUAAAGAGGGUUAAUCGGAGUGAAAAGGUGAAAAAUUGCCAAAAGCCAAACACCCAAGCUGACAGCAAACUCACAACUACCAAGUUUGUGCAGAAACAACGGUACAGUCCUGUUGGAACUUCAGCAUUAUCAACGAUACAAAGUCUUCAAAAGGUAUCACAACCUACAAUUAAGAGAAGGAGACCGUGUGUAUUUUGCACUCGAGACCAUUGGGAUAGCGAAUGUGAUGUCUAUUCUACAGUAUAA